AAUUAAUUACCAGAUCACCUCAGCUGGCUGAAUACCAUGUCGUCUAUAAAUUGCCAUCAUCUCCUUGGGUUCCUUUCAACUGUCGUCGAUUUCUUCUCCAUCAAUCAAAGUGUAGUGUACAGCAUAGGAUCGAAGGAUUCAGCAAGAAAUUAAGGGCAAGCAAGCAAUCAAUUUUCAGUCAUCGAAUCAAGCAAGAUUGAUUAAGAUUACUUAUAAUGAGUGGAAUCGUUAGAAAGCUAUGGUGCUGCGGAGCAAAAGGGUUCCCUUCCGCAGACGACUCAGCUGAAGAUCAGCUGGCACUACCCCCACCCGAGGGCCACGUUCGAGUGUGCGUUGGGAAAGACAAUGUUCUGUGCAGGUUUGAGAUGGAAGCCCAUUUCUUAAACCAUCCUCUAUUUGAAGACCUGCUUCGUCUAUCUGAACAGGAGCAUGGUUACGCUUACGAUGGGGCUUUAAGGAUAGCCUGCGAGAUCCAUCUCUUCCAAUACCUUCUUCACCUUCUCAAGACUGGUAAUCCCACAGCACAUUACAUGCAACUUCCUGAUCUCAUUUCCAACUUCCACUCCAGCGCCGCCCACCACAACUAUCCUCCUCCUCCUCCGCUUCUAAAUAUCCCACCUUGCCAAUAUUCUCAUUGAUGAUCGGUACAUUUAUAAAUAUAUAUCGAUAAUAUAAUUCUUUCAUUUUCCCAUUCUUUUAAUUUACAUGUAUUUUCUUCUCUAGACGGGCGAAGCCGGCCCGUGAGUUUUAGGGCCUUCUAUUUUCAUUGUAGGUCUGCUUCAUACAUACAUAUCCCUUUUAAUUU